UCCAGGUGCAGAGAAGAGACCAGACGAGGGAUCAGUGGUUAAGGAUGAACAUAAAUACUUUAUUUAACAUAAAUACUUUAUUUAACAUAAAUACUUUACUUUAUUUAACAUAAAUAAUCACACUUGAAAAAACACCCCACUAAGUCCUGAAAACUCACUCAGGAAACAAACGCACAGGUUAACCAUUCAAGCCUCUGCAAAGGACAACGGAAAACACACCACAGAUGGAGCCAGUCUCUCUCCCAGCGCUCUCCCGAGUUGCCAUCUGCGGCGGUACCCAUGGCAACGAGAUGUCGGGCAUGUACCUGGUGAGGGAGCUGCAGAGGCAGAAGCUGGAGAAGGCAGGGUCAGCGACCUUGACCACGGUCAUAUCCAACCCACGUGCCGUCCAAGUGUGCAAAAGAUACACUGACAUGGACCUCAACCGCUGUUUCACUGACGCCAUACUCAGUUCACCUGUGACGGACGCCACCCCGUAUGAGGUGAGGCGAGCCCAGGAGCUGAACUCACUGCUUGGGCCCAAGGGCAACUUGGGGGCCAUGGACCUGGUGUGUGACCUCCACAACACCACAGCCAACAUGGGCCUCAGCCUCAUCUCCUACUCUGUCCAAGACUGGGUCGUCAUGCACAUCUAUAGACAAAUCCAGAGGAAGAUAACCUCAGCGCCCGUGAGGUUUAUCCUGCUGGAUCUACCCCUAGCUGAUGUCUACUCUCAGGACUCCCUGGGAAAGCAUGGCUUCUCGAUAGAGGUGGGACCUCAACCCCAUGGUGUGGUCAGAGCCGACAUCUUCAACAUCAUGAAGGAGGCGGUCGACCAGACACUAGAUUGGGUCCAGUGCUUCAACUCAGGAAGUGCCUUUGAAGGUGGCGAGGUGGACGAUGUGUACACCUUUGUGAAGAGUGUAUACUACCCAAGAGACCCAGAGACCAAUCAAAUCACUGCUGCCAUACAUCCCCAAGUACAGGACCGUGACUUCUGCCUCCUCCAUCCGGGAGAUCCCAUGUUCCUGAUGUUUUCUGGGGAGAUAGUUAAGUACGAAGGGGAAGAAGUCCUCCAUCCUUUCUUUGUGAACGAGUGUGCAUACUAUGAGAAGAGUAUUGCCUUCCACCUGGCACGAAAGAUGACAGUCACUAUACCCCCCUUGCAAGUGAAGAGAGAUUGAUGAAGGGAGAGGGGGAGGAAAAGAGAGAAUUUAAAGAGUGGGAUAAUUUAAGGGAAAACACACACUGAACCUUAAGAAGCACUAACUAGUCUAACCUCAUUUUCAAUUGAUUUUGAAUUCCAUUGUUUUUUAUCAUCACCAAAUAACCUCAGGCAUACCUGUAUGUGAAAUUAUGCAGUUCAAUGCAAUAAUCUAGUAUGUCAAUUAAACAUUUAAAUUUUUUGUUUCA